AUGAAGCUGUUGUAUUUAUCAACACUACUUUUCGUCCUCUGGACACAACUGGAAGCAAGGCCAAAAGCUGAAGGUAAGAAGUUUUCUCAAAGGUGUAAAGCUGGACCUAUGGAUUUGGUCUUCAUUAUUGACAGCUCACGAAGUGUUCGACCAACUGAGUUUGAAAGCAUGAGAAAGUUUAUGAUUGAUAUGAUCAAUUCACUUGAGAUUGGACCUACUCACACAAGGGUCGGCGUUGUCCAAUACUCUAGCCAAGUACAAAACGUGUUCUCUCUCAAGUCAUACUUCACAAAGGCUGAUAUGCACAAGGCCAUCAAUGAUAUUAUCCCUCUAGCACAAGGGACCAUGACUGGUCUGGCAAUACAGUAUGCCAUGAAUGUUGCAUUUACUGUUGAAGAAGGAGCUCGACCACUGUCCAAAAGGAUUCCUAGGGUCGCCGUUAUUGUGACAGAUGGUAGACCUCAGGACCGUGUUACAGAAGUGGCUGCACAAGCCCGAGAAGCUCAAAUUGAAAUUUAUGCUGUUGGUGUACAGAGAGCAGAUGUUAACUCUCUCCGAGCAAUGGCAUCACCUCCAAUUGACGACCAUGUGUUUUAUGUAGAAUCAUUUGAUCUAAUUGAGCACUUUGCAAUCCAGUUCCAAGAUAAGCUGUGUGUGGACAUGUGCACAGAAAUGGACCAUGGAUGUCAACAUGCCUGUGUUAGCGUCCCCGGCUCCUACUAUUGUGAAUGUAACCCCAACUACAAACUUAAUGAAGAUGGAAAGACAUGUUCUAUGAUAGACUUGUGUGCCCAGGGAAAUCAUGGCUGUGAGCAGCUCUGCGUCAGUUCACCUGGAUCCUAUUCCUGUGCCUGCCGAGCAGGUUACAAGCUGAACAAUGAUAAGAAGACUUGCUCAGCAAUCAACCUGUGCGCUCUGGGGAAUCAUGGCUGCGAGCAUAUCUGUGUCAGCUCCCCUGGAUCCUACUCAUGUGCCUGUCGUGCAGGUUACAGACUGAACAAUGACAAGAAGACUUGUUCAAUGAUAGACCUGUGUGCUCAAGGCAAUCAUGGCUGCGAACAGCUCUGUGUCAGCUCCCUUGGCUCAUAUUCCUGUGCCUGCCGUACCGGCUUCCAGCUAAACAAUGACAAAAAGACAUGCACAAUGAUUGACUUCUGUUCAUAUCGGAAUCACAGCUGUCAGCAUGAGUGUGUGGGUAUCCUGAAUGGUUAUUACUGCCGCUGUAAUGAGGGCUACACUCUUCAGAGCGAUGGGAAGACAUGUCUGUCUAAUGACAUGUGCAACAUUGUGGACCAUGGAUGUGAAUUUAAGUGCGUCAGCACACCUGGAUCAUACCACUGCAUUUGCCCAGAAGGACAAGAAUUGCAAACAGAUGGAAAAACCUGCAAUAAAUGCUCCACUGGAUACAUUGAUUUAGUAUUUGUGAUUGAUGGCUCUAAAAGUGUCCGACCCCAAAACUUUGAGCUCGUAAAGCAGUUUGUGAUUAAGAUCGUAGACUCCUUGGAUGUCUCUGCCCAUGGCACACAUGUUGGCCUUGUUCAAUACUCUAGCCGUGUGCGCACUGAGUUCUCCCUGAAUCAGUUUAAAACUGCAAAGGAUAUCAGUAAUGCCGUAAAGAACAUAGACUACAUGGAGAAAGGCACCAUGACCGGGCUGGCUUUGAAGCAUAUGGUUGAACACAGUUUCUCUCAACAAGAAGGUGCCAGGCCAAAUGUUCCUAAAAUAGGUUUGGUAUUCACUGAUGGUCGUUCCCAAGAUGACAUUUCUGAAUGGGCCAAAAGAGCAAAGGAAGCAGGAAUUACUAUGUACGCUGUGGGUGUUGGGAAAGCAGUUGAAGAUGAACUCAAUGAAAUUGCAUCAGACCCUGUGAACAAGCAUUCCUUCUACACAGCUGAUUUUACCACAGUGAAUUUAAUUGCUGAAGACUUAAAACUUAACAUUUGCCCAGAAGAGAUAAAAGGAGAGACAGAGUUUAAGAAUCCCUGUGACUGCGAGCACCUGAUCAGUUUCCAGACAAACACCCUCACAACGCUAGGAAACCUGGCAGAAAAACUAUCUCAGCUGACGGCAAGACUUGAAACCCUGGAAAAUCAGCUGGCUGAUAAGAAAUGA